AUCACCUCAACCUGGAGGCAUACGCCUGGCCGCGGACGGUCACAGCAUAACCCAGCACGAUGGUUAAGCUCACACCGGAGCUUAUUCAGUCUGUAGACUCUACGCUAAACCCCGUCAAGGAGCGGCAACUCGAUUUGCGAGGGUACACCAUAUCUGCCAUCGAAAAUCUUGGUAUCACCAAAGACACCCAUGACUGCAUAGACUUCACCGACAACUCCAUUCUCGUUCUGGGUAACAUUCCCUUGCUCCGCAGGCUACGCACCUUGCUCCUCGCCAACAACCGGAUAGCCUCCAUCUCUCCCUCUCUACAUCUCUCUGUUCCAAACCUGACGACUCUCGUGCUCACGAACAACAACCUCGCUGAGCUUGGCGACCUUGAACCACUCAAAGAUGUCAAAGGGCUCCUAUACCUCUCGCUGUUGGGGAACCCCGUACAAGAGAAGAAAUGGUACCGCGGGUGGCUUGCCUGGCGUAUCCCCAGUCUAAGAGUUUUGGAUUUCCAGAGAAUCCGACAGAAGGAGCGAGACGCGGCAAAGGCGCUGUUCCUCACCGCUGACGGACUGCCUACGCAACUUGCAACGACAUUGUCGACAACAGUCUCAACACACACAAAGGCACCUGUGGCCAUCGACGAACCGAAGCCCAUGGUGGCACCAGGGAAAGCUGGUCGGCUAAUGUCGAAGGAAGAGGCGCAGCGAGUGAAGGAGGCCAUUGCAAAAGCGACGUCCAUUGAGGAGAUCAGGAGGUUGGAGAGGAGUUUGCGGGAAGGUUUCUUGCCAGACAUGGACAGUGUCGGCGCGUAACAUACCUGUUCACGCUCAUCAGCGUUGUACUAGGGUUGUAUAUCUUAGUGCGCUCCAUGUCACGCCACGUAUAUGUAUUCGUGCUCAUAUGUUUUACAUUUGCAAAGGAAAUUUGCGCAUGUGGGUUUGUUCAUCAAGCCUAAGCUUAUAGCUUGCCGAGACCCUUGGUACCGAUCCAUAGGCCAUGGAAAAGGAGAGCGAUGUUGGCAAAUAGAUUGAGUAACGAACUGAUGCCAUGCAACUGAGCGAACUUCGAGUUCAGAGCCUUCAUCUCCGCAGAAACUCCGGCAUCAUUGUACGCCUUACCCUCAUUCUUCUCCAUUUUGUGGCGUUGGAACAUCGUCUUGCUUGUCAGCGGACCUAUGACAGCUUGGUUUACGAGCUGAGAGACCAUGAUGGUCCCAAGCGUGUACGCUUGCACAACGUCCGCGAGCUUGGGGUUCGUGAAGCUCGAGAUGACGUGGGGAUGUCCGCUCGUCCAGAGUAGCAGGAGACCGCUUGAGAGCAGGAUAGAGAUAUUGAAGUACCAUGGGAAACUGCGAUGCUGGAGUGCUCCAAAUUGCUGGCGGGGCAAAGCCUUGAAUGCAAUGAAACCUCCUAUGAAGGUCACCCAGAUCGACAUUCCCAGGAGCCAUCCAUACCCAAGGAUGUAGAGUCCCCGAAGGCUGAGGACCUCGAGGAGCGAGUCGACACUCAAUACCUCUGGUUUGUCAAACGCGGUUCCGGACAUG